AUGGCUGCAAUCGGGUCUUUGGUCUUCUGCGUUGAUUGCGGCAAUCUAUUGCCAUCCACCAGAGGGAGUGAGAGGAACACUCUUCGCUGCGAGUGCUGCGGUGCGGAGAAUAAAGAUACCGGUUCGAAGAAGAUUGUAACGAGCAGCAAGCCCGCUGAUUUCCCAUCAUUCCUCCGUCAAAAACUACAGUCAAGCGUCCAAAACGUGGUGCGACACGAGAUUCAGACCGACAGCGUUGUCCACGAGAAGUGCCCGAAAUGCGGUCGAGAAGAGGUCACAUACACCAACGUUCAGCUACGUGGUGCUGAUGAAGGAUCUACUGUCAUUUACCUGUGUAAAUGCGGUAAUUCGUACGUGAUGAUCAUUCAUAGC